GUAGCAUUAAGUUACAUGUUGUUUAUGUAAUUUCUCUAAUUUUCCCGUCCAUUGAAAAACUGAUGCUAACUUCCGGCUUCUUCGCAUAAUUGGGGUCGUGUAUAUAUAAGUUCCCAUAGUUAUAGCGAGAAGGAAGUUAAUUUCCACCCUCAGAGUGGUCAACAAGCACAUAUCGAUCGCCAUCAUGCGUACUGUUUUCACUGUACUCGUAGCUGCCUUAGCCAGUACUGUAGUUGCGAGUCCUGCAGUGCCACGGCAAGCUUCUAACUACGUCGGUUACCUCAUCUCGACCUUUUCUGAUGUUAAUCCAAAGAUCCAAUUCCAUCUCUCAAACGGAAACAGUGCAUCAAGCUUCAAGUUCUUGAAUAAGGGAAAUGCUGUACUAGCUUCAACAGUGGGGUCAAAAGCUGUUCGAGAUAUUUUCCUCGCCACGAACUCUGCCAGGUCUGAGUAUUAUUUACUGGCCACCGACCUCGAUGUUAAAGCUUCGGGGUUUUCAUGGAACAUAGCUACCAGACAAGGGAGCCGUGGGAUUGUCGUUUGGAAGUCGUCCAACCUAGUUGAUUGGUCAGAAUCAUCACUUCGAACGGUCGAAAAGGAUACUGCAGGCAUGGUUUGGGCGCCAUCAGCGGUAUGGGAUGACGAAACUUCCAAAUACUACCUAUUCUGGGCUUCGCGGCACUACUCUUCUUCGGAUACGAAUCAUACAGGAACAGCUACGCUUGAUAAAAUCCGCUACGCAACUACGAAAGACUUCACCACCUUUAGUGAGCCACGCGACUACCUGGCUCCUGCUGAUACCCCCUUGAUCGAUCAAGAAUUCCAAUACCUUGGAACACCGGGAGCCUUCACUCGAUUCUACAAGAAUGAGACGACUAGUCAGAUCUCCCAAGAUAUUACUUCCGAGGGCCUUUUCGGCACUUGGACCCAUGUAGGCGACCAUAUCGCAUCAGACUCUCAACGUGAAGGUCCGGCAUCGUUCGCCGAUAACGUGACGCCAGGCCUCUACCAUCUACUACUUGAUGACUACACCCAAUAUAUUCCGUACGAAACCUUAGACAUCAAGUCUGCAGCGAGCUGGAAAAGAUCGAACACAUCUGGAUUUCCUACUGGCUUGAAACAUGGUUCUGUAACACCGUUAACGCAGAAGGAAUAUGAUGCCGUAGCAGCGGCAUAUCCAGCGUAGGGUAUUACGGUCUGGACGCCAAGAAAUUUUCAAUUGUAAAGCGUUUGCUCUUUAUCCAAGAAACAAGUUGUUAACCCUUUCACUUUUCAAUAUUUUUCAUAAGGUAUAUGUACCUCUAUGUGGCAAGCCGAGGACUCGUCAACUACCUAGGUCGAGACACAUGUUGGUUACAUUUAUACAAACUGUUAUUCAGCCCCUUUAUACAGGGAAGGUAGCAGCUAAAAUAAAACCAUAACAACAGAUUUCGGGGAACUUGUGUUACGUGACAUUAUUAUAUAGGAGGUGGGUAUAUUUGCACAACCGCACACAGUGCAGACCUAGGCUUAACAACUAC